UUCCCCCGCCCUCGAUGACUCCUCUCCUAGGCAACGGCCAGCUGUGGAGAAUAGAGCAAGCGAAUGCAGGAGGAGACACUCUGCGCUCAACUCGUUGGUCAAUUGGAGGUUAGGUGGCGUCUGGUGACCUGUCUACGCCACUGCCCCACGUGUUUGGCAGCUAGAUGCUAAGGGUCCCAUCGCGGCUUGGGGUUUGCAGUUACAGGAAUCUUGUUUUUGGUUAUUUGAAACCAUUUCAACGUGCCUUAAAAGCAAUGGAAUCCAUCGAAAUGGCUUCUGUUUCUCUAAAACGCCCUAUUGCUAGUGAAGACCUUAGCGGUGAUUCUGUAAAAAGGCAAAAAGUCUCAACAGAGACUUCUUUAAAAGCACAGUAUGUGGAACAUUCUUCAGGUAUUCAGAAUGAAAACACCUUAGAUAGAGAACUUACACUUGAAGUGCCAGCAGAGAAAAAUGAGAAAGAAGAUAUUGAGGAAGCAGAGCUUCUGGAUGGGGAAACUGAAGAAGAAAGUCCAGAAAGCUUUGCAGACAUGAUGAAGCAUGGCCUUACUGAAAUUGAUGUCGGCAUUACUAAAUUUGUAAGCACUCAUGAAGGGUUUUCUGGCAUUUUAAAAGAAAGAUACUCAGACUUUGUUGUCCAUGAAAUAGGAAAAGAAGGCAAGGUCAUUCAUUUAAAUGACCUUUCAGUACCAGCAGAUGAAGAGGAUCCUUCUCAAGAAAUAUAUUCUGUUCUCUCGCCUGAGGAUAAGAAGCGUUUGGAAGAACUUCAGUUAUUUAAGAAUAGGGAAGAUAAUGUUGAAAUUGAGGUUGUUGAAGACACUAAAGAAAAGAGAACAUAUAUCCACCAAGCUGUGAAGGGUCUGUUUCCAGGGCUUGAGACUAAAACAGAGGAAAGGGAAGGAAAGAAAUACAUCAUAGCUUACCAUGCUGCUGGGAAGAAAGCCUUAUCAAAUCCACGGAAGCAUUCCUGGCCAAAAGCCAGAGGAAGCUACUGCCAUUUUGUUUUAUACAAGGAAAACAAAGACACCAUGGAUGCCAUUAACGUGCUCUCAAAAUUUUUAAGAAUCAAGCCAAAUAUAUUUUCCUAUAUGGGCACCAAAGAUAAAAGGGCUAUCACUGUUCAAGAAAUUGCAGUUCUUAAAAUUACAGCACAGAGGCUAGCUCAUCUAAACAAGUGCUUGAUGAAUUUCAAAUUGGGAAACUUCAGUUACCAAAAAAAUCCACUGAAAUUAGGUGAACUUCAAGGAAAUCAUUUUACUGUGGUGUUAAGAAAUGUCACUGGGACAAGUGAACAAAUUGUGCAAGCCAUGACUUCUCUUAGGGAUAUUGGAUUUAUAAAUUACUAUGGAAUGCAGAGAUUUGGAACCACAGCUGUGCCUACUUACCAAGUUGGAAGGGCUAUUCUUCAGAGUAACUGGAAUGAGAUGGUAGAUUUAAUAUUAAAACCAAGGCCUGGAGCGGAAAAAGGAUAUCUGGUUCAGUGCAGAGAAGAGUGGGCUAAAACCAAAGAUCCAGAGGCUGCUCUUAGAAAAUUACCUGUUAAGAGAUGUGUGGAAGGUCAGCUACUGCGGGGACUUUCAAUGUAUGGUCUCAAAAACAUAGUUUCUGCAUUUGGCAUAAUCCCAAGGAACAACCGUUUAAUGUAUAUCCACAGUUAUCAGAGUUAUGUUUGGAAUAACAUGGUAAGCAAGAGGAUUGAGGAGUAUGGACUCAAAGUUGUUCCCGGAGACCUAGUGCUCAAAGGAGACACUGCUGUUCCAGUAGAAGAGGGCAAUGUUGAUAGUUAUACAAUUAACGACAUAGUAAUGCCAUUGCCAGGCUUUGAUGUAAUCUACCCUAAGCACAAGGUUGCUGCAGCUUAUGAAGAAAUUCUCGCAGCAGACAAUCUUGAUAUCAAAAACAUGAGGCACAGAGUUAAGGAUUAUUCAUUAGCUGGAGCCUAUAGGAAAAUAGUUAUCCGUCCACAAGUCAGCUGGGAAGUUGUAUCAUAUGAUGACCCUAAAAUACCUCUAGUUCAAACAGAUCUGGAUAAACUGGAAGGAAAGGCACUUCCAGAAUAUAAAACAGAAGGAAAAUACAGAGCACUGAAGAUGGAAUUCUCCUUGCCACCUUCUACGUAUGCAACAAUGGCUAUCAGAGAAGUUCUUAAAAUGGAUACAAGCAUCAAAAACCAGACCCAGCUGAACACUGUCUGGCUUCGAUAAAUUUUCUUAUGAACUUACUGCUGUCAUUUCAGUGCCACCUUUGGCACCUGUGAUAAGCAAUUUUAUUGUUUAAAAAAAAUUCUAUAGGUUUUGAAAAUCUUUUUAAUUUGGGAGCUGGUUUUGUUAGAUUUGCAGUGCACAAAAAUACAUGUUAAAGCAAACUUGACCAAAAACUGUCUAUAAUAUAUUGGUCUUUUGACUAUUAUAUGAAAGUUGUAUUUCUUUCUUUAUCAAAUGUGUGCACGUAACUAUGUAGUAAGCUAGGUUAAACCAGAGACGAAAGAACAUGUAAGAUUUUAACCUAAUUUUUUUUUAUACAUAUAAGGCUUUUCUCUGUAAAAAAAAAAACUGCAAAAUAAUGUACCAUAUUUGUUAUAUGAUAAGUUUCAUUUACUGUUCUAAAAUAAUUCAAAUUACUUUGGUUAGCUAGACGUUUACAUUUUGUUUUGAAUUGAUUAAAAUAUAAGACAUGUUUAUCAUUUAGUUUUAUCAUUGUUUUAGAGUUUCCCUGAAAGCUUGGGGGAAUAGAGGAAGGACAGAAGUUAAAAAAAAUUCCCAAAAAUAAAAACAAAUGGAAAUUAUAAUACAUUCCUCUGAAGUGAUACUUCAAAUUUUAGUUUGAAACAUUUUCAACAUUAAUAUCUGUGGUAAUACAAUAUAAUAGAGCAGAACAAGCAGAUGCUAGAGGAAGUAUGUUUAUAUUGUAGGCAGUGUUUUCUCCAGACGUCUUAACCUUAUUAAAACCUUUUUUACAGCUAAAAAAA